CCAGAAGGAAUCAGAAUGAACAAAACUGUGGUUGUUCGCACACUGAAUCCAGAAAACCUGGGCCAAAAUGGUGUGCAGCGAGAGGAGGUCGAAGCCGCAGACCUCAGCGACCAAGUCCCCGACACGGAGUCGGAGACCAGGAUCCUCCUGCAGGGGAACCCAGUGGCCCAGAUGGUGGAGGACGCCAUCGAUGCAGAGCGACUGGAGCACCUCAUUGUGACCCCCUCGGGCUGCGGGGAGCAAAACAUGAUUGGCAUGACGCCAACGGUCAUCGCGGUGCACUACCUGGACCAAACGGAGCAGUGGAACAAGUUCGGCCCAGAUAAGAGGCAGGAGGCCUUGGAACUCAUCAAAAAGGGGUACACCCAGGAGCUGUCCUACAGACAACCCAACAAGGCCUUUGCGGCCUUCCUGCACCGGCCAUCCAGCACCUGGCUGACAGCCUACGUGGUCAAGGUCUUCUCUCUGGCCUCCAACCUCAUUGCCAUCGACUCCGAAGUCAUCUGUGGGGCUGUCAAGUGGCUAAUCCUGGAGAAGCAGAAGCCCGAUGGAGUCUUCCAGGAGGAUGGACCUGUGAUAAGCCCACAAAUGAUUGGUGGCCUAAGGAAUGCUGAGGAGAUAGGCGUAUCCCUCACAGCCUUCGUGGUCAUUGCACUGCAGGAGGCUAAAGAGAUUUGCGAGGGACAGGUCAAGAGCCUGGAGGGCAGCAUCAAUAAGGCAGGAGACUUCCUUGAAGCCCAGUACGAGAACUUGCGGAGACCAUAUACUGUAGCCAUUGCUGGCUAUGCCCUGGCCCAGCUGGACAAGCUGCACGGCUCCCGCCUCACCAAAUUUCUGAACACAGCCACAGAGAAGAACCGCUGGGAGGAGCCUGGCCAGAGGCUCUACAAUGUGGAAGCCACAUCCUAUGCCCUGUUGGCCCUGUUGCUGCUCAAAGACUUUGACUUUGUGCCUCCAGUCGUGCGCUGGCUCAACGAGCAGAGAUACUAUGGAGGUGGCUAUGGUUCCACCCAGGCCACUUUCAUGGUGUUCCAAGCCUUGGCCCAAUACCAGCAGGACGUCCCUGACCAUGAUGAUCUGAAUCUGGAUGUGUCCAUCAACCUACCCAGCCGCAGUGCUCCGGUGGUGCACCGCAUUCUCUGGGAGUCCGCUAGCCUCCUGCGCUCUGAAGAGACCAAGGAAAAUGAGGCUUUCACAGUGACAGCUAAAGGGAAAGGACAAGGCACCUUGUCGGUGGUAACAAUGUACCAUGCCAAGGUCAAAGGCAGAGCCACCUGCAAGAAAUUCGACCUCAGGGUUAACAUACGACCAGCCCCUGAACCAGUCAAGAAGCCCCAGGAUGCCAACAGCACCAUGUACCUUGAGAUCUGUACCAGGUACUUGGGAGACAAUGAUGCCACUAUGUCCAUCCUGGAUAUAUCCAUGAUGACUGGCUUUGCUCCCGAUAUUGGUGACCUCAACCUGCUGAGCAGUGGCACUGACAGAUACAUCUCUAAGUAUGAGCUGAACAAGGCCUUCACCAACAAGAACACCCUCAUCAUCUACCUGGACAAGAUCUCGCACUCCCAGGAGGAAUGUCUAGCAUUCAAAGUUCACCGGUUCUUUAAUGUGGGGCUUAUCCAGCCUGGAGCGGUCAAGGUGUACUCCUAUUACAACCUGGAUAAGACUUGCACCCAGUUCUACCACCCAGAGAAGGAGGACGGAAUGCUGAGCAAACUCUGCCACAAUGAAAUGUGUCGCUGUGCUGAAGAGAACUGUUUCAUGCACCACGAGAAUGAGCAGGUCACCUGGGAGGACAGAUUGGACAAGGCCUGUGAGCCGGGAGUGGACUAUGUGUACAAGACUGUGCUACACAAGAAGGAGCUGUCAGAUGACUUUGAUGAGUAUGUAAUGGUCAUCAAGCAGAUCAUCAAAUCAGGCACCGAUGAGGUGCAGGUUGGACAGGAGCGCAAGUUCAUCAGUCACAUCAAGUGCAGAGCAUCCCUGAAGCUGCAGGAAGGGAAACACUACCUCACAUGGGGCCUUUCAUCGGACCUGUGGGGUCGGAAACCCAACAUCAGCUACAUCAUUGGGAAGGACACCUGGGUGGAGCUGUGGCCAGAGGCCGAUGAAUGCCAAGACCAGGAGAACCAGAAACUGUGCCAGGACCUGGCCAGCUUCACGGAGAACAUGAUCGUCUUUGGCUGUCCCAACUGAUCCCCCAUCACUGUCCCCCCAAUAAAGCUUCAGUUGUAUUGCA